CCGGGACCCAGGCACUGGCGGGCGCGGAGUUUCUCUCGACUGGCCGAGCCCGCCUCUGGUUGCUCUGCAGCUACACUGGAUGCUUCAUUGGACUCAUUUAUGGAUAUAUAGAUGGAGUUUAGAAGGAUCCAGUUCAUGUUGACUACAUUUCAGAAAGCAUCAACUCUUCUUGAUGGACCCAUUCAUCAAAUGAAAUGUUUGUACUAUUUUUAAAAGCUUUGUACUUCAUCAUAGAAAAAUAUAACCCCCAAAAUGAAAGUGAGGACAUCUGAGAAGGUGAUUUAAGGUGUGGACAUUUGAGAAAGGAUCCAUUCAAAUCAGUGAACUGAAGGAUAUAACUAUUGAAUAGAUUAAUCUUAAGCAUUACUAUUUAUAAAACAAGAGAAUCUCAUCUUGACAGAAAAACAACUUUUAUUCAAUAUGUUUUUUCUGAAAUUAAUAGAGAGAGACAAGAACAGACUUAAAAGAAAAUGAAGAUGCUUAGUAAAUAAGCAAUGUCAUCUCUGUUCUAAGGAGGAUAACUCCGUAAUGUUAAAUCCUUUCCAAACCCAUUGUUGUGGUCCUAACGACAAGACUCUUUUUUGAUGGGACUGAUUAAGGGAAAUAGGACCUUUUGUGUAUCCAACUCACAGUUCUAGAAUUUGCAGUCAUUGGCAUGAGUGGCUUGAAAGAGGAAAUAAAGGAGCUUUCAACUAAAUCCAAAAGUGCAGUCAUUUUUUUACCACUGUGAGUUCAAAGCCUCUUCAUAACCAUUUAAAAAGAAUCGACAGCUAUUUUAAAAGAUUAAAGAAAGGCAGAUGUCCGCAAACAAUUCCCCUCCAUCAGCCCAGAAGUCUGUGUUACCUGCAACUCUUCCUGCUGUGCUUCCAACUCCUUCUCCAUGUUCAAGUCCUAAGACGGGACUGUCUGCCCGACUGUCCAAUGGAAGCUUCAGUGCACAGUCACUCACCAACUCCAGGGGCUCAGUGCACACAAUUUCAUUUCUACUGCAAAUUGGCCUUACACGGGAGAAUGUUGCCAUUGAAGCCCAGGAACUAUCUUUAUCUGCUGUCAAGGAUCUUGUGUGCUCCAUUGUUUAUCAAAAGUUUCCAGAGUGUGGAUUCUUUGGCAUGUAUGAUAAAAUUCUUCUCUUUCGCCAUGACAUGAACUCAGAAAAUAUUUUGCAGCUGAUCACCUCAGCAGAGGAAAUACAUGAAGGAGACCUAGUAGAAGUUGUUCUUUCAGCUUUGGCCACAGUAGAAGACUUCCAGAUUCGUCCACAUACUCUCUAUGUUCAUUCUUACAAAGCUCCUGCUUUUUGUGAUUAUUGUGGUGAGAUGCUUUGGGGAUUGGUACGUCAGGGACUGAAAUGUGAAGGCUGUGGAUUAAAUUAUCACAAACGAUGUGCCUUCAAAAUUCCAAAUAACUGUAGCGGAGUAAGAAAAAGACGACUGUCAAAUGUGUCUCUGCCAGGACCAGGCCUCUCAAUUCCAAGACCCCUACAGACUGAAUGUGUAGCCCCACCCAAUGAAGAGUCACAUGUUCACCAAGAACCAAGUAAGAGAAUUCCUUCUUGGAGUGGUCGGCCAAUCUGGAUGGAAAAGAUGGUAAUGUGCAGAGUAAAAGUUCCACACACAUUUGCCGUUCAUUCUUACGGCCGUCCUACGAUAUGCCAGUACUGCAAGCGGUUACUGAAAGGCCUUUUUCGCCAAGGAAUGCAGUGUAAAGAUUGCAAAUUCAACUGCCAUAAACGCUGUGCAUCAAAAGUACCAAGAGACUGCCUUGGAGAGGUUACUUUCAAUGGAGAACCUUCCAGUCUGGGAACAGAUACAGACAUACCAAUGGACAUUGACAAUAGUGACUUGAACAGUGAUGGUAGCCGUGGCUUGGAUGACAUAGAAGAGCCAUCUCCCCCAGAAGAUAAAAUGUUCUUCCUGGAUCCAUCUGAUCUUGAUGUGGAAAGAGAUGAAGAAGCUGUUAAAACAAUCAGUCCAUCAACAAGCAAUAACAUUCCACUUAUGAGGGUCGUACAAUCCAUCAAGCACACAAAGAGGAAGAGCAGCACAAUGGUGAAGGAAGGAUGGAUGGUGCAUUACACCAGCAGGGAUAACCUGAGAAAAAGGCAUUAUUGGAGACUUGACAGCAAAUGUCUCACAUUGUUUCAAAACGAAUCUGGAUCAAAGUAUUAUAAGGAAAUUCCACUUUCAGAAAUUCUCCGCGUAUCUGCACCACGAGAUUUCACAAACAUUUCCCAAGGCAGCAACCCACACUGUUUUGAGAUCAUCACCGAUACUAUGGUAUACUUUGUUGGUGAGAAUAAUGGGGACAGCGCUCACAAUCCUGUUCUUGCUGCCGCUGGAGUUGGACUUGAUGUAGCACAGAGCUGGGAAAAAGCAAUUUGUCAAGCUCUCAUGCCUGUUACCCCUCAAGCAAGUGUUUGCACUUCUCAGGGGCAAGGGAAAGAUCACAAAGAUUUGUCUACUAGUAUCUCUGUAUCUAAUUGUCAGAUCCAAGAGAAUGUGGACAUCAGUACCGUUUACCAGAUCUUUGCAGAUGAGGUACUUGGUUCAGGCCAGUUUGGCAUUGUUUAUGGAGGAAAACAUAGAAAAACUGGAAGGGAUGUGGCUAUUAAAGUAAUUGAUAAGAUGAGAUUCCCCACAAAACAGGAAAGUCAACUCCGUAAUGAAGUGGCUAUUUUACAGAAUUUGCACCAUCCUGGGAUUGUAAACCUGGAAUGUAUGUUUGAAACCCCAGAAAGAGUCUUUGUAGUAAUGGAAAAGCUGCAUGGAGAUAUGUUAGAAAUGAUUCUAUCCAGCGAGAAAAGUCGACUUCCAGAACGAAUCACUAAGUUCAUGGUCACACAGAUACUUGUUGCUUUGAGGAAUCUACAUUUUAAGAAUAUUGUACACUGUGAUUUAAAACCAGAAAAUGUGCUACUCGCAUCGGCAGAGCCAUUUCCUCAGGUGAAGCUGUGUGACUUUGGUUUUGCACGCAUCAUUGGUGAAAAGUCUUUCAGGAGAUCCGUGGUGGGAACUCCGGCAUACUUAGCACCUGAAGUUCUCAGAAGCAAAGGUUACAACCGUUCCUUGGAUAUGUGGUCAGUAGGAGUCAUCGUCUAUGUGAGCCUCAGUGGCACAUUUCCUUUUAAUGAAGAUGAAGAUAUAAAUGACCAAAUCCAAAAUGCUGCAUUUAUGUACCCACCAAAUCCAUGGAGGGAAAUUUCUGGUGAAGCAAUUGAUUUAAUUAAUAACCUACUUCAAGUGAAGAUGCGAAAACGUUAUAGUGUUGACAAAUCUCUUAGUCAUCCCUGGCUACAGGACUAUCAGACAUGGCUUGAUCUUAGAGAAUUUGAAACUCGCAUUGGAGAACGUUACAUUACACACGAAAGCGAUGAUGCCCGCUGGGAAAUAUAUGCAUACACGCAUAACCUUGUAUACCCAAAGCAUUUCAUUAUGGCUCCCAAUCCAGAUGAUAUGGAAGAAGAUCCUUAAUUAUCAAUGAGCUAACUUUAAUAAGGAAAGAUUUCAAUUUAUGAACUGUUACUUUACUGUACAACUGUUGUUCUUUGUAGGUUGUCAUGUGCAAGGAUGCAAAGACACAAGGAAGUAUGAUAAAGAGUCAGUGACACCAACACUGUGGUUCAUGAUGAGAAGGUACAGGAAGGGAAACUAGGUAAUAAAGACACAUAAUGGACUCAAGGUGAAGCGUUUCAUAAAUUUUGGUAGCAUAAGCAAUAUCCAGUAUUUGUAUUUUUUCCUAAUCCUUCACUUUUGUACAAUAAGGGCACUUAAUUUAUCCUCCCUUUCCUGUUCUUACAUUAUUAACCAACAAUAAAAAGGCAAGCUGGAGUCCAGAUAUUGCAUAGCUUGACCAGAUCUUACAAGAGUGUAGGGUUGAUUGCCAAACAGGUCUGCGUACAAGAUAUUACUGAGAGGCUAGCAGCAUAUGAUUUACUAUAAUAUAAAGGUUUUAAACAUUUGUUAACUGACCAUAGAGGCAUUGAGUUUUUCCUAGAUGCUCACAAAAGGAGUUUACCUUCCUUUUUUAUGUAGCUGAAUCAGUACUCCAAAACAGUGAUUCCUAACCUUUUUGUAGUUGCAACAUAAAAAUGAGGUUGUCACCUUUUGUGAAAAUGUUGCAGCAACCUUUAAGAUAAUCAGGGACAAGUGAUGUUAUAAAAAUAGGAUUAGAACUGCUGGUCUAAAUUAUGUAUGUUGUCUCAUAGUUCACCUUUGCUGUUAAAUUCUCAUAUUCCCACUGAAACCUCCAUGAUGUCUCAGUGAUUGUAUUCCAACAUUCAAUAGGUGCAAAUCUAAAGUUUAAUUACACAAUUUAUCUUUACACAAGGUUAAUUUGAGGGAGAAAAUUAAAUAUAUACUAAAAAAAUAAGGCUAGCACGGGGUGAGUUAGUGCUACAGCAAAGAAUGGACAACAGUAUCAUUUUUUUUAGUCUAUUGGAGAGCUUUACAGAUAUCUAGAAUAUUUUUAAAUCAAUUAUUUUAAGGAAUUUUUGGGGGGGGAGGAGGAUGAAUCAUGAAUCCAUUUGUAAGUGGCUAUAUUGUCAGCAGAGCAAAUAAAAGAAUGAGAUAAGUAUUUCUUUUUACAUUUCAGCUCCAGCAGUCGGCUAAUGAAAUCUUUUCCCUUCUCAGAUUAUAAUACUCAAUUUAAAAAGUUAGUCUUAUUCAUAGCUUUUAGAAUGGUUACUAUUAGUGUUCUCCAAAAAAAAGUUCAAGAUGUGGCACCAUCCACUUGUAAGAAAUCUAGUGGGUUUUUUUCUUUUAUCAUUCCCUAGUAAUUAUUGUAAACCUUUUUUUAACUCCAUGCAGUAUAAUGUAAAGACCAAAAAAUCUGGAGUCUGAAAAUCUGGGUUUAAUUCUUGGCUCUAUUAUUUAUUAACUAUGUGGUCUGGGCAGACGACAGUCUUCUCUGAGCCUCAAGUUCCUGAGUCUAUAAAAUGAAAAUAAUUCUUGGCUCUACCUUCCUCACAGUGUUACUGAGAAGAUCAGAUAAGUAUGAACAUAUUCAAUAAACUAUCACUGCCCACUGAAUUUGAGGUAGCAAAGCAAAAGAUUGUUCUGUAUAUGAACAGAAUAAGGGAGAGAUCCCUUAAGCUACUCCCUUAAAUAGGACUAAUAUCCCUGAGAGAAUAAUAGGAAACAUGCUGUGCUCCUGUGUUCUAAGCUCUUUACAAGUUUUAACUCAUUUACCCUAAUAACAACCAUGAGGUGAGUACUCUGUGAAUCUCAUCUUGCAGAUAAGGAAAUCGAGGCACAGGGAGAUCAAGUAACUUCUUGCCGAAGGUCAAACAGUUAGUAUGUGGAUCUGAACCCAGGCAGUAUGGCUCCACAGUUCGUCUUAACCCUCUUAACCACUUUGCUGUGCUGCCUAUUAUAAAUAUCUCCAGGAGACAUUUCACAACAUCACUCAGUAAUUCAUUCUCAUAAAGUAAUUCUAAAAAUUAAAACAAAUUAAUUUUGAAAAAUGAUUUAUAAAUGUAUUUUCCAUGUGAUAGAGGAUGACUUCCCCAAAUUUCUCCAAAGUUACUUUUUUAUUAUCAACAAGCACAAAGGAAAUAAUUCUGGGCCACUAGGUUCCCUACUGUGUUUUUACAGCAUAGGGUGAAAAUUAACUGGAAUGAUGUUGGUUUGCUAUAUUUGUAUAAUCAUACUUCACAAGCCAUGAAUUUAGUUGCACUCUUUUUUGUUUUUGUUGUUGACUGCUUAAGAAAUUUUCUAAAACUAUUUGUAAAGUCACUGUCAGAUAAUCUGGUGUUGAGUAAUUACUCCAGAUACUGUAUAACCUAAUAACCUUUUUUGUUUUGAAGUCAAGUUGUAUUUGUAUAAGAAAUAUUUGUUUCCUAGAAACAUUUGAUAAUGUACAAAGUAGUCUAAAAUGACUGUCUAGUACAUUUUUAUAUUUUUUGUUACAUCCCAUUUUUUGUAAAUAUCCUCAAAGAAGCUUGAUAAUAAAAUGUAUUUCCAUACCACCAUUUACUUUUCCAUGUGAAAACCUGAGCCUAUCUCUAGUAGAGGUAUCCAAAAAAAAUUUUAUUUGGUUGUUACUUUCUUAGGUCUUGGUAAUUGGAUUAUUUUGGAAAUAGCGUUUGUAAAUGGAACUAAUGCUUUA